CUUCUUUUUUUUUGGCUUGUUUAUCAGUGCGACGCUCAUUGCCGUCAGUACGUAUUCGACUGCGGUUAACGUCGCAACAGGCCAAACGCAACGGCAGUUGAAAAUAAAAACGCACAUCAGCAGUAAAAUCAGUUAAAAUAACGCGUAGGUGGAUUCGAUACAAUUACAAUCAUAUAAAAAUACUAAAAAAGACACUAGACGAUUAUACGAUCACUUUGAUAAUCGAUAGCUCGCAAUAACAUCAUUACAAACUCAAGUGAGUGAGCAGAAGAGCGCAGAAAAAGGAGCGCAAAAAUUGAACGAGUUGAAAGUAAACUUCAAGUAAAGCUUACAAAAUGUGCAAGUAAUCCACAGACAAGUGAUCAAUAGACAUAAAAUCACAACACAAAGUGUUGAACAGAUAGGAAUAAACGAUAUAAAUAAUUAAUCGAGAUUUGCUUACGCGCCAUAACCUCAAAAACAGGAGAAGCUGCCCCAAAGUUCAAAAAUGGUAUCACACUAUUAUAAUACCCUGCCGUACGCUCAAAAGCACAGUGCUGCCAAUUUGGCAUAUGCCUCGGCAGCCGCCGCAGGUCAGCCAUGGAACUGGACGCCCAACUAUCACACAACACCGAAUCAUCAGUUCCUGGGCGAAGUGGAUUCCCCCCAUGCCGCCCAUCACGCCGCGGCCGCCCAUCAAAUGUACUACAAUCCCCAUCACAUGUUCCAUUCGGCCGCGGCAGCGAGCGCCGGCGAGUGGCAUUCACCUGCCUCCAGUUCGGCAGCGGGCGACAACUUCGGACAAAAUGUUCCCACAUCGGCGCACCAGUUGAUGCAUCAGCAUCAUGCCCACAUCAACAGCGGCCUACCCAGCGGCGGCUCCAGCAGCUCAGCCAGCUCGGGCAGCGGCAGCUCUGCCCCCGUCGUGGGUCCCUCGGCAGGUGGCACACAGCUGAACGAGACAAACGGCAGCAUUGCCACCGAUCCUGUGUCCCAUUCUCAACAACAACAACAGCAACACAUUGCCGAGGGAUUGCCAUCGCCACCGAUCACCGUUUCGGGCAGUGAGAUAUCCAGCCCUGGUGCACCCACGUCCGCCUCGUCGCCACAUCACAUGACCCACCAUUUAAGCGGCGCGGCCAGCAACAAUAACAACAACAACAGCCCCUCUACACACAACAAUAACAACAACAGCAUCACGAGCAAUAACAAUCAUCGCACAUCGCCAGCAAAGGCUCAGUACUACGAUUGGAUGAAGAAGCCAUCGUAUCCGGCACAACCACAACCCGGAAAAACCCGCACCAAGGACAAGUAUCGCGUGGUUUACACAGACUUCCAGCGUCUGGAGCUGGAGAAGGAAUACUGCACGUCUCGGUAUAUAACCAUACGCCGUAAAAGUGAGCUGGCACAAUCGUUGUCACUGUCAGAGCGUCAGGUGAAGAUCUGGUUCCAGAAUCGACGGGCCAAGGAGCGCAAGCAGAACAAGAAGGGCAGCGAUCCCAAUGUGAUGGGAGGCGUACAACAUACGGAUUACAGUCAGCUGUUGGAUGCCAAGACAAAGCUGGAGCCGGGAUUGCAUUUACAGCAUCCGCUGCAUUCGAUGAAUCCCAUGGCUAUGAACCUACCCGCCAUGCGAUUGCAUCCACAUCUGGCCGCCCACAGUCACUCGCUUGCAGCGGCGGCGGCGCAUUCGCAUCAGUUGCAGCACAGCGCCCAAAUGUCCGCUGCGGCAGUGGGCGUGGGCACGCUCUCAAUGUGACAUGACUAUGGAGGCAACAACGUUAACGGCGAGGCAACAACAGCCAGUUAUGGCCACAGCAUCAGCGGUGGCAGCUACAUGCAGCAACUGGAGACCAGCACCAGCUUUGCAACGUGUCCUAGUGAUCUGGCGGUGGAUUUAGCUUAGGCUUUUUUUAAUUGAGGGCGGGUUGGGGGCAACUUUAACUUUGGCAAAACAGUCAGACUGUUUUGUGGAGUUUCCUGUUUCCUGUGCAGCGGCGCCUUUGAAUAUUGCACGUUGUUAAUUUUUGUGAUUGUAUAUUCGUGGUGUUUAACGCUGACGCAUUGCCAGCACCCCCUUUACCCCCAUCCGAUCAACCCACCACCGCAACGAGGUUCCAGUAUGAAAGAUAUAAAUGUUUAAAUAAACCAUGUAAAAUGUAUGUUUUAUUUUAUUUGAUAUUUAAUGUGUAAUUUUUUAUCUGUAUUUUGUCCUUUUUGUAUGUAUUAUGUUUGUUUUUGUUCUAGAUAAUGUUUAAAAUUUAAGUUUUAAUAAUAACAAUUACAACAACAUUUAGCGUUUAAGUGAGAAAAAGCAAACAAAUCAAAAUGAAAUGUAAUUUAAUAUACAUAAAUAAUAAUUUGUAUAGCCGUCCCCGACAUACACACAGCUUCACACAACAACAAAUUAUAAUUACAAUACAUAAAAAUUAGUUCAGUAAACUUUGAGCUUUGGUGCGAUUUGGUUCCACACCCAAACACACACACAGACACACAUGUAAAUAUGUAACACAAAACAAUUUUAACGUUUAUUACUUUAAAACUGUAAUAACAAUUAGUUAGCUACUAGUGUAAUUUGAAUUUAAUGUUAAUAAUUAACUGCAACAACAAA